UAGAAAGUGAGGGAAAGUACUCAAACCCUCCUGGGGAAAAAACAGAGAGAGAGUGGUAUUCUCCUAGCAAUAAUGGCAACCAAGGAGAUCAAGCAAAAGAAAGGUUUGCUAGGUUUCUACAAGUUCAAUAUUAGUGGCAAAAAUCACAUCAAGGCAAAACAAGAGAGUGUAGAAAGUACAGAAGCUCCAAAGACAGAACAUAAACCUGUUGUAAAUAGCUUGUUGCUGAAGAAAUUGGAGAAUUGUCAAGCCUUAGUAUUAGAGCAAGGUGGCCGGAGGAGGAUAGAGAGAGGAGGUGGCGGGGAUGGUAGCUGCGGAGGUGGAAGAGGAGGAAUUGUGGAGGCAAGGAAAUCAGUGUCACAUGUGGAAACGAAUCUGUCAUCAGUGGCAUCAUUUCUGCAAGUGAAGGUUUUGGUAUCUGACAUGCCAGGAUUCAUGCAAGUUCAUGCUUUCAGGUGUGCUAGAAGAACUUACGAUAGCUUGGAGAAAUUCAGCUCCAAACACAUGGCUUAUAACAUGAAGAAGGAGUUUGACAAGGUGUAUGGGCCAGCCUGGCACUGUAUUGUGGGCUCAAAUUUUGGGUCGUUUGUUACACACUCAACUGGCUGCUUUCUGUACUUCUCAAUGGAGAAACUGUACAUUUUAAUCUUUAAAACAAAAGUUCGUAAAGUUCAGAAUUGAGAUGAAAAGGUGAAAUUGAAGGUUAAUUGAAAAUAUAUAGAUAUCCAAUAUGAGGUCCUGAAUCAGUCAUGUCUGAUUUCUGUUUUUUUAUCUUAUGUAGUUCUGCAGCUUCCCUUUUGUCUUUUUACAGGAAGUUUGUAAAUGAAAAUGAAAUAUUUUA